GAAAUGAACUUACGAGAAUAGGUCGCAAGUCGUAUAGAUUUUUGGUUGAUUUCCUUUUCACUUUACGUUAAUAUUUCUCUAGAUCUAAUAAACUAACAUUUAUUUGAGUCACUGCUCAUAUUCUGAUUUACCGGACUUGGUGCGGUUACGCCGAAAACAGGAUAAGUACGAAAGUGAUCAGCAUCUUAUUGAUUUUCUUUCCUUGCAUAUGCAUUCAACCAACGCGGGCUGAAGUUAAUAUUACGUGUGACGAAUCUAUGAUCUAAUUUAAAAUAGCUUUUACUUUAAAGUAAGCUACCACUUAAAUAAAGUUUAUUGCUGUGCUUUUUAAAACAAUCAAGAUGAUGGCUAAUUCACUAGAUGCCGUAAACGCGAAUCAGCCCACGCAAAAUGGUAGUAAGGUUCAGCCAUGUAACAAUGAAUCAAAAACUAAUUUAAUAGUGAACUAUUUACCACAAACUAUGACACAAGAAGAAAUAAGGUCAUUAUUUUCAAGUGUGGGCGAAGUAGAGAGUUGCAAACUGAUCAGAGACAAGGUGACAGUGUUCCCAGACCACAUUCUAAACGGCCAAAGUUUGGGCUACGCUUUUGUAAACUACCACAAAGCAGAAGAUGCUGAGAAAGCAGUGAAUACAUUAAAUGGUCUUCGAUUGCAAAAUAAAAUUAUUAAAGUGUCUUACGCCCGUCCGAGUUCGGACGCGAUUAAAGGUGCCAAUCUCUAUGUUUCUGGUUUGCCGAAGCAUAUGACUCAACAAGAUCUGGAAAACCUGUUUAGCCCAUAUGGCACUAUUAUCAGUUCCCGAAUACUUCAUGAGAAUAUGAAUGUUGGCCAUCUCCUGCAAGGUGUGGAAGAACAGGGAAUACAAGGACCAUCUAGAGGUGUUGCAUUUAUCAGAUACGACCAGAGAUGUGAAGCCGAGGCAGCAAUACGUGAAUUAAACGGUACCAUUCCACCAGGAGGCACUGGCCCCAUUACAGUUAAAUGUGCAAACAAUCCCAGUAACCAGAACAAAGCACUCGCUCCACUCGCUGCAUAUUUGGCUCCAACUACAACCCGGCGCUUCAUCGGACCUGCUGGUAAUGCAUUGGGUGGAUCUGGUUGGUGUAUCUUUGUCUACAAUAUCGGUGCUGACACAGAAGAAAGUAUCCUUUGGCAGCUUUUCGGCCCCUUCGGUGCAGUACAAAGUGUGAAAAUCAUUAGAGAUCCGACAACCAACAAAUGCAAAGGAUAUGGCUUUGUAACUAUGACAAAUUAUGAUGAAGCCGUAGUUGCCAUUCAAUCAUUAAAUGGAUACUCCCUAAACGGACAAGUUUUGCAAGUCAGCUUCAAAACAAACAAGAGUAAAUCAUAAACUUCUUAAAAUCUAGUCAAUAAAUUGUAGCUAAUGCAAAAUGUUGAUCAUUACACUGUCAUGGUUUGCGAUCAGAAGUUUUGAUAAUUUUGACAUAGAGAGGUUGCAGAUCAUGACAAUUUUAUUUCAUCCAGUGUUCACGAAGGAAGUACAAAUCAUCUGAUACUAUCAUCACAACAAUUCAUACACAACAUUAUGAAGUACUUAAGAUUUUUGUGGCAAACAUUUUACUACAAAAGUUUUCAUGAAUGCCAUAUUAUGAUAUUAUGUGUGUGAUGUCAAUAGUCAAUCAUAAGAAACUGUAACAAAAAUAAUUGUAAUUUAUCUUGUACUAUGUCUGAGUUGCUAGACACACUUUCUAAUAAUUCAACAAUUAAAA